UGGUCUUCUGGACUGGGGAUGCGGGUGGAAGUGGGCUAGGACAGAUCCUGCCUUGGCGCUGCUUUCAGUUGGAGACGUAACCUGGAGAUCUUCUCAGCUGCCAUGGAUUUUGGGGUGGCUCUGCUGGUGCUUCCCGCUCUCUGGCUUUGGGGAAAAGCCACUCCAGAACCAGCCAACUUUUGCUCCUCAGCUCCAUGUCACAACGGCGGGACCUGCAGAGAUCUGGAAAGUGGCUAUCAUUGCUUGUGCGCCCACAGUCCCCUGGCGCAUGUGGGAAGAGACUGUGAGUUGCUAACCGAGCCGUGCGAUGGACAUCCAUGUCCACCCGAGUGGAGUUGCAGCGGGACGCCUGGCUACCUGAAUUACACUUGUCACUGCGGAUCCGGCGUGUCAGAUGCCUCCUGCAGGUCCCAAGGGGACAAGUGCAAGACCAACCCUUGCCCUCAGCCCUUUGAGUGUGUCAGCCUCCAGGAUGGGUACGGUUGUCACUGCCAGAGUGGAAACCAUUGCCUACUGAGCGCUUCCCUUUGCCCGAGUGAACUUUGCAACAACGGCACCUGUCUUGAGAAUGGUGGGACGUAUACCUGCCUGUGUCCGGCUGGCCACACCGGGGCCCACUGUGAGGAGGAGGUGGAUGAGUGCUCCUCCAACCCCUGUCAGAACGGCGCCAUCUGUCUGGACCGCGUCAACGAGUACAGUUGCUUUUGCGUGCCCGGGUUCCAGGGCUACCACUGCGAAAUGGACAUCAACGAAUGCGCCUCCCAGCCUUGUCAACACAACGGCACCUGCCUCAACCAGAUGGACCAUUACGUUUGCCAGUGUCUGCCUGGCUACACAGGUGUGAACUGUGAUGUGGAGAUCGAUGAGUGUGAAUCCAGUCCCUGUUGGCAUGCUGGCACCUGCUCCGACCAUAUUGGCUUCUUCACCUGUUCCUGCAUGCCAGGCUACCAAGGAACCCAGUGUGAAGUGGAUAUUGAUGAAUGCCAAAGCCAGCCUUGUCUUAAUGGAGCUAUCUGUGAGGACCUGGUCAACAGCUACCAGUGUGACUGUCACAACACGGGCUUUGAAGGACAACACUGUGAGUUGGACAUCUUGGAGUGUGCUUCCCAACCUUGCCAGAAUGGAGCCCCUUGCUUGGAAGGACCUGGAUUUUACAACUGCUCUUGCUGGACAGGGUAUGUGGGAACACACUGCGAAGAAGAUAUAGACGAGUGUGCAACUCACCCCUGUCUCAACGAUGGAGAGUGCCUGGAACGCUCCAAUCAGAGCUACUACGGGAGAUACGUCGAUUUCCCCGAGCAGUUUAGCUACGAAGCAGCCGCUGGUUUCAUCUGUCAUUGUCAUCCCGGUUUUGAGGGCGAUACCUGCUCCGUGGACACCAAUGAAUGUGAAUCUGAGCCAUGUCAGAAUGGAGGGAGCUGCGUGGAUUUGGUGAACAGCUACCAAUGCGACUGCUUGCCUGGAUAUUCAGGGAUCGAAUGUGCCAACGAGAUUGAUGAAUGCGAAGACGACCCUUGUGAAAAUGGAGGCAGCUGCGAAGAUGCCGUCGCCGACUAUAUCUGCCGUUGCCUCUCCAACCCAGACGGGGUAGCCUGGGGCGGGAAGAACUGCUCUGUGGAGCUCACGGGGUGCAAGACCCACCACUGCCAAAAUGGGGCUGUGUGCGUCCCCACCUUCCAAUCGGAGGCCCAUGGCUACCUGUGCCAGUGUCCCCCUGGAUUUUAUGGGCCCACCUGCUCCACCCGAACCACCUUCUCCCUCACUGACAAUGGCUACCUCUUAAUCAACGCAUCUGCUGGGGAUCAUAAGAACACAAGUGAGCACGGAGCCAGGGUGGCUCUCCGAUUCCGGACCACUCUUCUCAACGGGCUCCUUUUCUACAGAGGCCACCAAACCGAGCACCUGCUCCUGGAACUCUAUGCUGGCCUUCUCCAGGUGAUGUUCUUGACUCAGGAGGCCAAUGUAUCAUUCACGCUGGAGUCCCCGCCGGUGAACGAUGGCCACUGGCACAAGGCAGAGGUCUCCCUUCAGGAGUCUCUUGAGUUCAGGUUGUGGCACGAAGCUUGCCAAGGAGGCAUCUGCCUGUUCAGCCAUCCCCUUGGCGAGACCACCCCUCUUCUGCCCUCCUUUCUGAAUAUAUACGUUGGAGGAGUUGAGGAGGCGUUGAUGAUCAACUGUACGGGACACUUCACCGGUUGCCUGGAAGACCUGCAGAUUGACUCCAAGAUACUCCUGCCAGAGGAGGUGGAAGGUCUACAGCUUCCCGGAUUUCAGCUGGGUUGUGAAAGGACGGAGUGGUGUCAAUCUCAGCCUUGUUCGCACGGUGGCCAAUGUAUUGACUUCUGGACAGACUUCCGUUGUCACUGUUCCCGGCCUUACGAAGGACACACUUGCUCCUACGAGUCACCACCUGCAACAUUUGGCCAGGACAAUUCUUCUAGCUUUGUCACCUUCGAGGUUCCUGACAGCCUCGGGCCCGACUUUAACCUCUCCUUUUUUAUCCGGACACGGAAGGCCAAUGGCCUCAUCUUCCAGAUCAGCAAUGAAAGCGAUGUUUUCCUUACGGUGUACUUGAAGGAAGGGAAGCUCCAGGUUGAAGCACCACCGGCUGCUUCGGUGGGGUCAUCUGGAAAUCUGGCCGAUGGCACCAGGCACUUCGUGGCACUCUCCUUCCACGAAGGCCUCGCUCGGGCCAGCCUGUUGAACAGAGAAGAAGAGCUGGGAGAACUGGCCGUCACCCUUCUUGCUGCCAAUUUUGAGAUUCACGUGGGUGGGCUCCCCCACCAAGAAAAACUGGAGGCCUGGGGAGGCCCUUUUAAAGGCUGCCUGCAGGAUAUCCAACUCAAUGACCACCAGAUGCAGUUUUUCCCUCCCCCAGAUAACGACAGCCUCCCACAGGACAUGUAUGUGGGGCAAAACCAGAACGUUGUUCCAGAAUGCCUCUCAGAUGAUGCGUGCAAGCCUUCUCCUUGCCUCAACGGGGGUCUUUGUACUGUCACCUGGAAUGACUUUAACUGCAGUUGCCCACCCAACUUUACAGGAAAAUGUUGUGAGGAGAAAGUCUGGUGCCAACAAGAUUUGUGUCCUCCACCUACCACUUGUGUGGAUGUCCCCUCUGGUUACAUUUGUCUGGCCCAUGCCACAUUUGACGAGCACGACGCGGUUGAAUUCAUGGCAAAUAGGUCCAUCACCAGAGCUCUUCACAGCCUCCACCUGGAUUUCAGAACGCGGGACAGUGAUGCCGUCUUGAUACAAGCCGUAGAGGAAGUAGACUCUCUUCUGGUGGCUAUUCAAAACUCUUCGCUCCUGGUUGAAAUCCGGAGUGGGAAUGGAGUGGAGGGAGCAAACUUUCUCAGGCCCGUGUCCAUCUCUGAUGGCUCCUGGCACACCCUCUCGUUGACCAUGGAAGAGCCCUUGGCUUAUUCAUCGAGGUGGCACCUCCAACUGGAUGAAUCCACCAAUACCACUCUCCUGGGUAAUGCCGGCAACCUGGAUUUCUUAAGAAGCAAAGCAUUUAUCGUCUUGGCUGAAAACUUCACGGGCUGCCUGGGACACGUAGACAUUGGGGGGCUGUUUUUGCCCCUGGCCAGCCACCCUUUUUACCCACAGCCAGAACAGUUCGUUCAGGUGUCCAGCAGGCCCCUUCGUCUGGGCUGCCAAGGAGAAGACAUCUGCUCUUCCAGUCCAUGUCAUCACGAAGGCUCCUGCUUGGACCUCUUCAACGCCUUCCACUGUGCCUGCCAGCCUGGGUGGGAAGGGCCGCUGUGUGAGGCCAACACAGAUGACUGUAAAUCCAGCCCGUGUCUUCACGGCCAGUGCGAAGACCUAUUGGGGGACUUCCAGUGCAUCUGUCAUAAGGGUUUCAUCGGGAAACGUUGCCACAUCAACGUAGAUGACUGUGUGAGGCACCAGUGCCAGAAUGGAGGGACCUGUGUGGACGACGUCUACAGCUACUCCUGCAAAUGCCCGCCAGAAUACUCUGGCCCCCACUGCGAGUGGCCCUUCCCCCCUGAACAAUGCGGCAAGAACUUCACCUGCUUGAACGGCGGCAAAUGUCUCAGUGGGCCUUGGGGAGCCAAUUGCAGCUGCAAGGAUGGCUACACGGGGGAAAAGUGCCAGAUCAACGUCAGCGACUGCGACCCCAACCCCUGCAAAAACGGGGGGACCUGCCAGCACGCCAUGAAUCGGUUCUGGUGUAUCUGUGGUGCCAACUACGCUGGGGAAUAUUGUGAUGUCAGUAGAGGGAGUCUCCCAGGCCAUGCCUUCCCCUUCCCCUUGGUUGAAGUGGCAGUGCCAGUCGUCUGCAGCUGCCUAUUUCUUCUCAUCAUCAUCCUCGUCCUGAUGAUCGUCACUGCCCGGAAAAGACGCCAGUCCGAGGGAACCUACAGCCCGAGCCAACAGGAAGUAGCCGGAGCUCGCCUGGAAAUGGACAGUGUCCUCAAAGUCCCUCCAGAAGAACGUUUAAUAUAAGCCACCAGGGGAUUUCACAAAGUUGG